AUGCAGUUCAUCACCGCCAUCUCCCUCUUCGCCGUCGUCGUCAUGGCCGCCCCGAACGCUCCCCGCUGGAAUCAUUUCGAGGCCUGCCCCAGUGGUCUGUACGCCAACCCGCAGUGCUGCGCCACCGACGUCCUUGGCGUCGCCGACCUCGACUGCUACACCCCCCAGCAGGCGAUCUGGAGCCCUCGCGAUUUCCAGGCUGUCUGUGCCAGCGGUGGCCAGCGCGCCAGAUGCUGCGUCCUCCCCGUCGGCGAGCAGGCCCUUCUCUGCGAGACUCCCGUCGGCGUUGUCUAA